AUGUUUGGCUAUGAAGGUGGUAAGAAGCCCUUGAAGCAACUCGAGAAGCAGGCCAAGGAGACGGAUGAGGAAGAUAAGGCAUUCAAGCAGAAGCAAAAAGAAGAGCAAAAAAAACUCGAGGAGAUAAAAGCAAAGGCCAAGGGGAAGAGCCACCUGGCCACAGAUGGAAUUAAGAAAUCUGACAAAAAGUUAGCUGUUCUUAUGCCUGGGACAAUGGUGAUCCUGAAUUCCAUUCCUGUUUUAACAUCUGGAUUCCCUGCCAUAACAACCUAUUGCCACCUAUAG